AUGUUCCAAACCGCAAACGAGCUUUUAUCUGAUUUUAUUGAGAACCCAGCAGUUUUAGAGCCUACCCCAGAAACAGCUUUGAUUGCUCAGCGCCGUGCCUCUGGACAACCCUCUUCAACACUCUUCAAGGAGAAAGACUAUGGAUUGCCAGUUGAACAACCUAAUCUGUCUCCGGAAUUCCGCAAGAUCAUUGAGAAUUUUGAUAAGAUAUGGGACAAGACAAAAGCGAAAUCAAUUGAAAAAGGCGAAAUCUCUGAUCGUGUGCAACUUGGGAUAACCGUCCAACACUUUCAUUCACAUUUCAGAAAUGCCUUCCAUUCCAGACUGCUGGAGAAGUGUAAGAAUAUGACGGCAGACGAGCUAGCAAAGCUUCAAUCAAGCACCCCCACUGCUGAAUUGAAGGCAAUUCACAUGCAACUUGAUGAAGUCAAGAUCUUGUCACAUCUCCUUAGACUGAAACACGUGGCCACAAAAUUUGAGGACAUCAAUCAGGAUCUAAUAAGCAAUCUGAUUGUUUCUUUCGCCACAAAAUUUGAGGACAUCAAUCAGGAUCUAAUAAGCAAUCUGAUUGUUUCUUUUGUCUUGCAAACUCACAUGUAG